AUGACAUCAUCGGACUCCUCUCUCCCCAUCUCGACUGCGCAACAUGAAUUGCUCUCCCCGCCUCCGUCACCGUUCUCUAACCCCGAGCAACCUAUAAUCGCCACGGGUCACCUGGGUAUGAUCAUCGAGAAUGAAAGUCUUCUUGAAGGUGUUGCUCCGUCGUCAGACCCAACGAUAGGUGCACCGACAAUCAAGCCCGAAAACUCAAGACCAAGACGGCGGAUAACGUAUGUGUCCCGACACUUUGCGAAAGAUGGGCAAGAGAAGGCGCCUCGCCGACGUCCACGAGCAUCUGGCAGCCAGACUCGGAAAUCUAAACAAAGCAAAGAAGAGACAAUGGACGGCCGAAGCGUUGAAGCAUCACUGUCCUCACCACCAGUUACUCCCUUAAAACCACAGCCACGCAUAUACUAUGGCUAUAAUAUCGACGAUUUCUCUUCUGACUCGAGUCUUACCGAUGUGCCUGACGACUUCGAUGAUCUUGCGGACCCCUUUUUACCUCCACCUACCCCUGAGUUACGCCCGACUAUCGAUUCGAAGGCCAAAGGAAAGAGGAUACGCAGUCCCACCAAGUCACCUUAUUUUCCUCAUCCCCAUAAGCACCGUCCAACCUUCCUCUCUACACUGCCAUUCCCUCCAUUGGCUCACAAGAGAUUCGGCCUAAUGCAGGAGCGAUUGGCUCAUGAUCCAUUCCGGCUCCUCAUUGCGACCAUAUUCUUGAACAAAACUCCUGGUGAGCGAGCAAUGCCCAUUUUCUACCAGCUGAUGAGUCGCUACCCAACCCCUGCGGAACUUGCUGCAGCAGAAGUUAGUGACAUCACCGACAUCAUAUAUGUAUUGGGAUUCCAGAACCAGCGUGCACGAAAAUGUGUCGAAAUGGCCAAAGUAUGGCUCGAACGUCCACCAGAAUGUGGCAAAAGAUACAGAAAACUUAACUAUCCCAGCAAAGGCGAUGGAAGAGACGUCAAAGACAGUGAUGUUAUCGAUGACCAUGAUAAUCGUGUCGCUUGGGAAAUUUCUCAUCUUCCUGGCCUUGGACCAUACUCACAUGACAGUUGGCGGAUGUUUUGUCGUGACAAAUUACGUGGUGUGUCGAGUAGUUGGAACGGUGAAGAUGCCGAGGAUCCCAAUAGUUUCGAACCAGAAUGGAAGCGAGUUCUUCCUUUGGACAAGGAGCUACGAGCUUACUUAUCAUGGGUUUGGAUGAAAGAAGGGUGGAUUUGGAACAAGGAGACUGGGCAACGAACGAAAGCCAGUGAUGAACUCAUGGCUCGAGCCAACGGCGGUGGCAUAAUCGUCGAGGAGAAAGACUGUGAGCAUCUAAUUGUGAAAAGUGUGGACCCAGAAGCCGUGAGCAUGCUUCAGGGAGAGAGAACUGUAGAACACACAGCGGGCGAUUUCCUACCGAGCACCCAGAUCAUUGUCGAACCAGAGAAACCCAAUUUGGAAACGCCAGACGAUUCAGGAAAUGUUCAGAAUACCUGA